GCGAUCGACGUCAGAUACGUCAUCGAUGCCGUUCGUAACGGACGUUACUAUUAGUGUGAAAGAGUGCUUCUGGCGAUAAACCUAGGACGCUAGUUCUUCAGAUGUAACUUCAGAUACACGGAGUUCUUUAGAGAUAACUUCAGAUACACAGAGUUGUACUGGAUUAGUGAAAUACUAAGAGGGAUUUACUGGUGCGCUUCCCAGAAUGGGACGGAAUUAAAGAAGAGGAAUAGGAUAUUUUUAAUACGCUGUCUUUGCAGAUAGCCUUUUGACGGAGGUCGACUGGAAGACACGAACACAAGAUGUGAUCUAUAUACACGUCGACAAUGACUGGCUGGUACACCUGGGUUUACCUGCUGUAUUUCGUAUCUUAUAUCACAGCCUCGGUGUACAUAGAGAACCAGCUGAAGAACCUAGUGGAGGACGAGGGGGCUCGCGCCAAGUUCGCGUGCAAGGCAUCCCUCAACCCCCGGGAUCAGCACAGGCUGCAGGUCACGUGGAAGCAUGAUGGGAGUAUUUUACGGAACACGUCUGGCAAAUACACGUUCAAAGUGGACAGGAACAAAUACAUCCUCAACAUCCACAGCGUGGAAUUAACAGACGCCGGCGUCUACUCGUGUAGAGCCACCGUCGGUGCGGAUGUGGAUAUCUCUAGUGCACAUCUCACUGUUAGAGGUGUUCCUGAUCCACCACAGGAGGUUCAGAUCAUCAGCUGUCAUGGACAUUCUGCUGAAAUUGUGUGGCAACCAAGUGGAAACAAUGGCGCUAAGAUUUCAGAAUUUUUCAUCCAGUUUAACACGACGGACGACCCGGACUCGUGGCACCAGUAUUACGAAUCGUUCCGGGGAAACGUCCAGAGUGCUUUCAUUGACCUGGCCCCUUGGGGCACGUACGCCUUUCGCAUUGUGGCCAAAAAUGCGGUUGGCAUUAGCGACCCGAGCAGUGUGACUGACAGGACUUGUACCCCACCCCCUGACAGACCAGACGGAAACCCGAAAGAUGUUCACACGCGGACGGAUAAAAAGGGAAUGCUUUCUAUAGUAUGGACACCUAUGCAUCGCCUUUACCACCACGGUCCGGGGUUCAGAUACCACGUCUACUGGCGUCCCCGUGGCAGCACCUACUGGGACUCGGCGAUCGUGGACGAGCCGUCGGCGUCGUCGUUUGAGGUGGAGGUGGACGACGUGUACGGCAUCUACGAGGUCCUUGUCAAGGCGGAGAACGAUCUGGGCGAGUCACACCAACCAGCGUUCGUGUACCUCGGCCACUCGGGGGAAGGAGAACCAGUUGCAUCUCCCAAAGACUUUCGACUGGAUCCAACUAAACCGGUGCAGCCUCAUGUAGCGCAUUUCAUCUGGGAAUCAGUCGACGAAGAGGUAGAUAACAUUCGGGGACGCUUCAUAGGGUAUAAGCUGAGGUACUGGAAGUCGAGUGAAGGUCGCCUGAAGAAGAACGAGGUGGACAUUAUCAUGCAGGAGCAGCACAGCGACUGGGCCCCGGAUGUACGGGUAGCCCUCCCCAAUCUGCCCGCCUACACCGCCCUGCGAGCCCAGGUGGCCGUCAUGAACUCACACUACACGGGACCGCCCAGCCAAACCAUCGACUUCUUCACACCGGAGGGAGCACCUGGCCCAGUGAGAGAGCUGCACGUGGAGGCCACAGGAAUGAAAUAUGUAUUAUUAAAAUGGCUGCCACCAGACGAGCCGAAUGGCGUGCUAACUGGAUAUAACAUAGGAUACCAAGAAGCUAUCAACGGGUCGUUUGGUAAGUUCACCCCACUGAGUCCUCGGAUCAACAACCCCUCCACCCUGGGGGCGAGGAUCACUGGGCUGGAGACGAACCACCAGUACCGGUUCCAUGUGACCGCCCGCACUAAGAGCGCGCCAGGCGAGCCCCAGUACAUAGACAUCAAGACGGCCAGCGGUAAACAGCAAAGAAACUACUACCGAUUAGCCAAUGAUGAACUACAGGAGCUUUACGAACCUUUUGCUGGCGCGCAGCAAGCUCAAAUCUCAUUGGCUCUCCUGAUGUUAAUGAAUAUCACGUGGUUCCUGUUCAGAUGACACGAAUUGUAUCACGUGAGCGCUUCCGAUAACCAAUGCCAGUAAAGAAGUCAAUUAUAUCUGGUUGUUUUUCACAAUAUAGUAUGGCAAAUAACAUUUAAUGUGCUGAAACAGCCGAGCACGUUGGUGAUUUUCUAUAACAUAUGCAAUGAGCAAUGAAAUAUAUAAUCUCAUCUCUUAAAUUACAAUCGUGAGAGUUAAAGGCUGGUUUCACGACAAAUAGCCUGUUUUAGAGAGUCGCACGGCAUACGUGACGUGCAAUAUUAUUAUAUACUGAUGAAAACAAAAUAAGAGAACACAUGAAUAAUAUCACCGGUCUCGGUAGUAAAGUGGUUAAGCCAUUGUACGUCAUGCUGGUAGGUACUGGGUUCGCAUCUUAGUACCGGCUCCUAUCCAGAGAGAGUGGGUUGGUGUAACAUCACUACAUCGAUUUCUGGACAGGAAGUUAAUCAUGUUACUGAAAUUCAAUGCCACAGUACUGACAUUCAGUCCCACAUCAAUUAUCUGUAUUUUAUACAGACAUAACUUAUAUAGUAGUGGACUACAUUUGAUCGCAAGUACUAUGAGUUCCCUUCUUUCUUUACAUUAGUAUAUACAUUGUGUUCAUACAUUCAUUUUAUUUAAUGCUCGCUUCCAAAAUGCAUUCUGCAAACACUUUCAUAAACUGAUGUUAGCUAAAAUAAACUUACUGGGUGUUAAUUUUCUUUUUAAAUGGCUGUGUUGCCAUUAUUCUAUUAUCAACCUGGACAUAGAAUAUGACAUCUGUCUCUAAGAUUGGAUAAAGAACGUUUCAAGACAUGCUAAAUCUAAAUAUUUUAACUCUGCCUUUAACGCUAGUACGUACCAGGUUUACGUUUGCUCUUUCAUGGACAGAUAUUUUCGGGUAUGCCCAGGACAGGUGUGUUUUAAUAUUUGGUGUUACAUGAUUGGUUGACUGAUAGUUAAUUUGCAUAGCAAUACAAGGACGGACUCAGAGAAUAUUUGAGGAAGGGGACCAAGGACAAAAUGGUACGUGAAUCGAACUCUUGAAAAGGGCAUCUUAAUAAAGGUUUGGCUUUCCCAAAAUGACUAUUAUUUUUAAAUGGGCACUUGAAUGUUUAAGGGUUAUGUCCCCUCGGUCCCCUUCCUUGCAUCUGUCCUUGCAGUGACACAUUGUAUGUUCACACUAGAAGGGUGUAAGUCGUAUUUUAGAUCCUAAUUUAGAUAUGCAUUAUAAAUAAGAGUUGAUGUUGCAAAGACACAUCUUCAUAUCGCUGCUGUACCCCUGGUUGUGAGUCUAUUGUAUCAUUAGUUUUGUUUUACAACUCAUGUCAUUCAGUAAAUCUCACAUCAUAUUAAGACUGCAUAGCUUCGUUAAUGUUUUGAUAAUUGUUUAUUUCCUGAAGGCGGCUAAGGCGAUUUUUUUCUCAUAUCAGAAGCUAUAUCUAGUGAGAGCAUUAUUGUGGAUUCUGGCGAAGUACCACUUAUAAAACUAUUAUAUCUAUGUAAAAAGAUAAAUAUUUUGCAUUGUAUGUAAAAAUAAUCUAUGGUGCCUACAGCAUGGACCAUAAAAAACAACAUUUUAAUAAAGUCAAUUUUUAAAAAAACCUACUAAAAUAUAUUAUGCAAUAUUAAAAUAAGGUAUGCAUUACUUAUAAACGUAUUUAGUGUUACGAUAAAUCGUGAAAUGGUUUCGGAAAAUGUAUCAUAAGAAGGAAAAACGUUAAUACAUAUUCGGAUGAAAUGCGAAGUAAGUUAAUGAAAUUAAAAAAAAUAUGAAUCCAAUGAUUUCUUAAAAUUAUGAUAACAUUGUGGGCCUUUGAAAUUAACAAAGUAUUUUUUUCAUUAAUUUAAAAACAAAUCAGUCUUAAUAAAAAAAAAAUGUCAUGCAUAAUUAUUAAAUCCAUAAAAGUAAACUAAUUAAUGAUAAUGAAAUAUUUCACCUUUUUGGUUUUAAUCGAUUAUAGUUUGAAAGCUAAUUCAUUGGCUAUAUAAUCAUACCUUAUGUUCGACCAUCAUAUCAUUCUUUGCUUUUUUCUCAACAAUAUUUUUAUUUACAGGUUGUGAAUACAGAUGUGUACAUAUAGAUUUUAUAUGACCGUUCUAAUUAAUAAAGAACAUAAUUGUACAUGAAUGUCAGUUGAGUGUAUGUAAUAUUGAUAUGAUUCAGUGGAUGUACAAACCUGAAUUCAAUAUUUCUAUUGUAGGAGGUGUUUAAAGUACUCCCCACAUGGCUGGUACCUAGGGUAAAAUAACUCGAUAUUAAAACAAUUCACGGCGCAAUGAUUUAAUCGAGUAGACUGGCCUAUGUUGUGUUGUUGUUAAGCCAUCGAACUGGUAUAUACCGGGUUCACGACCCGGUAGCGACUCGCACCCAGAGCGAGUUUAACAAUUCAGGGUGAAUGUGUAAGACCACUACACCAGCUUCUCUCUUACUAACAACUAGCCAUUAAGACAUUGUCCAGGAAAGACGGUCCGUAUAGCUGAAGUGUUGGACCAGGGCCAGGUAUUUGAACCUCAAUUGGAUAUAAGCACAAAACUAAGUUAGAAUAAAUAAUAGGGUAUUUUUUACCACCCCGAUAGCUAGGAACCUGGUGAAGGAAAUGUUUUAUUUAACGAUGCACUUAACACAUUAGGAACCUGGUGAGUGGCCGAACUAUAAACACUAGCUAUGCAUGUCUGAUUGUACAUGGUUGUCAACUGGGUCGAAGUUCAGAACGUGAUGUUAGAUGUUGAAGCAUUUUUACUUCUAGGUUGUAUAAAAAUGAACACAAAAUGUAUUAUAUCCACUCGAUGUUAUUUUAAAACAAACAGCUGUCGACUCGAUAGCCAACAUUAGCCUGGUACGCACAUUGAUUUUAAUGUUACGGUAUAUAUUCAAAACACAUCGUGGCAAAAACCAAACCAACUUAUGUCGUGAUAAGACAAUAAGCUUGUAAUACAAACACGGUUAUAAUUGAUGGAUAACAUUUACAAAAUUGCGUUCAUACAUCUAACUGUGUAGUAUUUUAUAAAACGAGAAACCAAUGUCAUGCUCAAAACCAAAAUAACCAAAAGUAUUUUUAAUACAAACCACGACAUAUAAUAUAUUGCUGCCAACAAUCUCGCAGUUCAGAACUCUGAAUCAUGUUAUUUUAAGUUGCAUAUAGGAUAGUUAUAAUAAAGUAUGUAAUUCUACAUUCUGGUUGCGUUAAAAUGACGUUAUUAUCAUGAGACGGAUUGUCGUCUCAUCAAAGUUUUCCAAACUGAUCUCAGCGUAUAUAUUGAAUAUGUUCGUGUACAUUUAGAGUUACUAGUUUACGUAGAAUAGUAUUUGUGAUAACUGAGAAAAUAUGUUUGUUUUGUUUGUAUGUAUGUCCAGUACAUAAUGUUAGGCGGAAUGUAGAUGUUUUGUUUAUAUGUCCAGGAUCCUGUUAUAACGAAGCGAUCCUAGCUCUAAGAUGAUUUCAAGUACAUAAAUAAGUUAAGAUCAUUGCCCUACGAUCAGCUCAAGUACAUAAUGAAGCUAAGAUCAUAGCGCUACGAUCAGCUCAAGUACAUAAUGAAGCUAAGAUCAUAGCGCUACGAUCAGCUCAAGUACAUAAGGAAGCUAAGAUCAUAGCGCUACGAUCAGCUCAAGUUCAUAAGGAAGCUAAGAUCAUAGCGCUACGAUCAGCUCAAAUACAUACGGAAGCUAAGAUCAUAGCGCUACGAUCAGCUCAAGUGCAUAAGGACGCUAAGAGCUUAGUGCUAAGAUCAGCUCAAGUGCAUAAGGAAGCUAAGAGCUUAGUGCUAAGAUCAGCCGAAGAGCUUAAGGAAGCCAUGCACUUAAAGUGAUUUUAGCGUUCAGAUCGUUUCAUAAAACUGGGAUCUCAGUACAUAAUGUUAGGCAGAAUGUACACAACGCAUGUAUAUUGCUGCAUGAAGUUUUAUGUUCAUUCCAAAUACUGCCAUGGAGGCAGUAUGUCAAUCACAUUGAAUGCAAAUCAAAGUGGUAGGAACGUUUUGUUGUUGACUAUAUCACUAAGGAUAUUUUGUCUGUGUAAAAUGAAGGUGAAACAAGCAAUAUUUGUGUUUGAAAUCCGUUGCUUAGCGACACAUAUGUCUGAACACUGCUUUGUUAGAAUGAUGGAUAUCGUUAACAAAUUAAACUAUUACCGGGUAAUUCAUAGUCGGACGCGAACAGUAGGUUUGUUUGGUCAUUUUGAUAUUGUUGUCAGAAGUUAAUAUUAUUGUUAAGUUGUUCCAUAGCUGAUAACAUGAGUGCAAAAUACAUUUGUUUAUAUACUUAUCAACCACAAAAUAAAACUGUAUAAACCAGGAAUUCGGCAGUCCCACUAAUCAUAUACUACUUAUAGUCCCUCCCGUCGGUGACCCCCUGUGAUGAAGUUUUAAUGGCCAUUACUUAGGAAAUAAUUUACAUCUACAGUAACACUUUAUAUAAGGACGUUUAUGUAAGGAUUUUUACACAGUGUAUAACGAAAUGCAUGUAUGUACAUUAAAAUAAGGAAAGACAACUUAUGAACUUUUGUUUUAAAUUAAUUUUUAAAAACUAGUACUUUGUAUUAUUUUCACUAAAACCAUGAUAUAUCGACAGAACGACAAACACGUAAUAGUUGUCAUUAUUUAAAUAUGUAAUUAUGAAGAAAUUGUGGGAACUUGUAACGAAAUACAAGAAUGUUGGUAAUAAACGAGAGAUUAGUUUGGGUGGACUCAAUUUAUGGUAUGGUAGUUAUUAUGUUCGUGGUGUAAUUAAUGGCAAUUCCGUCUUGUUUUUGUAUCGAUGUCAAUCAUUCCGUCUUGUCAGCAUUAAUUUGUAUAUUGAUUUAUUCAUAUUGUUUGUUAUACUAGAAACAGAAAUGUCUUUGUUUACAUUCGUGCAAUAUGAAUUUUCUCCAUUGUUUGAAUAAAUGCUAUUU